AUCCCCGUCCCUGGACUAUAAGUGCUUUUGCAGAACUUCACGUGUGUGUCUGUGUAUAUAUAUAUAUAUAUAUUAUUUUUCUCUAUCCCUUACAGUACAUCACCUUGGAACUUUGCAGAGUAAAUCUGCAGCACAUUUCUAUGGCAUUGCAUUCUGCAUGAGAGCUGCAGAUCCUUGAAGUGGUGUUUUUUUGUUUUGUUUUGCAUUUUGACUUCUAUGGAUUGUUUCCUGCUGUGUAAGUUAUUAUGUAGCAGUUUGUUAUGACUGCUAUAUUUGUUUUAUUUUUAUUUAUUUAAACUCUCUUCCCUAUUUUUUUAGGAGCCCAUGUGUGCAAUGGUGGUGUUACUGAGCUUUUUGUCUUGUGGCUUGCAACUCCCCCCUUCCCCCUUUUGGGAAAUCUGAGCUGUGUCUUUCUCUCUCUUUGGCAGAGUAUUUUGGUCUCUGGAGGCGCCCCCAGCUGUGCUGGCUGAGAUGUCAGCCGGCUGCGGUCUGGAAAUAGUGAUGUAGAAUCUCGUGAUCUACAGAGUCUGACUUGUUGGUGGUUUUCGAUUCAUGCUGAAACGAGUCUUAUUGUGUAUGGUGUUGGACUCUGUAAAAUCUAUGUAGCUCCUUCUACUAAAAUGUCAUAUUCACCUGGCGCAUGGUGACUUUUUAGCGGAUAGGUGUUAGUAACUGUCCAGAUUUCUGUUUUGUAUUUUAUAAUCCUUUUUAUUUAACAUCUGCAUAAAAUGCCAUGUUAUAGUGCCAAACGCUACGGUACAAUUAAGUCUUCCUCUAUUAGUUUUGUAUUGGACUUGAUUAGAUGUCUUUAAGCAACACGGGCACUUUUGUUAACAUGUGGGAGGUGAUCCCACAUUGCGUGCAAUGGUGCCUGUCUUUUUGAAAGUUUACCCACUUGAGUUAAAAUUGUUUCCUGGUACCACAAGUUGGUGGUUUGAACUGGCUUAAACGAAUGUCCUUAUCUUGUUAGACUUUAUUUAGCUUAGUCAUAUUGACUUUGGACAGAAAUAUGUGUGAGCUUAAAAAAGAAGCUUAUCUAUAUGUAACAGAAUGUACAGAACUCUGCAAGUACGCCCGGACGUGCAUGUGACUUUUAUCUAUGGACCACAGGGCGUUGUGAUAAGAAAUGGGUGUGUUUUAAAACCCUAGUUUAUUAGUCUUCCCUUCUGGAUGAGAACGUAGUCCGCAUCAGACCUCGCCGGUGAAGAGAGAGCAAAAGAUAUCUCCGUAUUGGUGCCAACAUUUAGUGGCAUUGAAAAGUGAUCUAUAAGAGAAUUCCUUGGUUAUCGAGACACCCGGUUGAGCGCCCCAUCUGUGAUUUUGUUUUCUCUGCCUCUUGGGAAUGGAUAAUAAAAUAAGGAAGGAAUAUUUGAGAAGCUGUUUUGCAUAUAAGAUUAAGUGACCAAUAAAAAUAAACGCUCCCUUGUUCUAAUCCAGAAGCUGACGAACCGGAGCUCGGGAUGGAUUGGAACAGAAAUGGCAUGAACGGCGUGAUUUCCAGCCAUGACAACCAUCAGUAUUUACCAGUGUCUACCUCAUCCACCGUCUCCACCAUCCAGAGCAAUGCUGCGUACGUGCCACAUAGAACCAUGACUCAACCUGUACAGCUCCAACCUACAGAUCGUUAUCUCAAAAAGCUGCUAAAAGCCAAAUCCUCCCAAGAGCUUCUACAUAUUCAGCAGUCGGCCAUCAAAUCUCAUAAGCGAAUUGCCCCAAUGCAACAAGUUAAUCAGGCGUCAAUGGGGCAGUAUAAUUCCUAUAGCGUCCCUACUGCAAGCAAUCAGAGUGGCCUUAAUGUUCAGAACCCAGGAACCUCCAACUACCUAAUGGUUACUUACAAGAACACUGUACAACAGACCCCGCAGCAGCCGCAGUUGGUGCCAGCUAUGCAACAGUAUGAUGCAAGCGGAUACCAUGUUAGAGAGAGACAACAGUCAAUGCAAAAUGGUCAAGCCACUGCCGGUUAUACUUAUUCACACCAAAAUGUUGCACAGCCAGUGCAGAAUGUAUAUUCUAACAUAAGACAACCUGCAAACACUGUACAGACGCCUUACCGGCAAGUGCCUAAUAAUAAUAAUAAUUCUCCACCCACGUAUUCCCUACAAAACGGAGGUUCUGGGCCGUAUAUUAAUUCCCACAAAAUGCCUACUGAAACCAAUGUGCCGGUUAACUCUCCUGAUUAUCGAAAUAGUCAGACAGGGGGCAAUUUCUCGACUGGAUCCUAUGUAAAUAUUCUUCCACAGCAGCAACAGACUGUGCUACAGUGGAAUGGUAAUGGAAUGAACUAUGUCCAAAGGCCUCAAAGAGCAUUGAUGCAAGAAGUUCAAAGUGCCGUUCCUAAUUCCUCACAGGUUGUGGCUACAAGUACCAAUGCACCUGCUGUGCAAAUGCCACUUCCGUACACGCAGGGAAUAACCAGUCAAUCAAAUGUUUUAAAUGGUCCCAUAAACCCUCAAUUUGUGAACCAAAAUUAUGUUGCGCAAAACGUGCAGCAGCCCAUCCAGUCUGUUAAAGGGCCACAGGAUCAGAGCUCGGCGGCUCCACCGCCUCAAACCCAAGGUGGAGGCGUGUCUCAAGAACACGCUAUGAGACGGAGAGAGCUGCUUGUGCUGUUACACGUCUACCGAAGUGUCAAACAGAAGUAUUUAUUGCUCAAUCACGAGAAUAACCUGUUAAGGCAAAAACUGAAAGCUGCUAACGCAUCACAAGAAAACGCCAGUCCGGCUAUCUCGGCCCCUUUAAUUUGCACCCUUCAGAAUGCUCCGGCACCUGCAAACGAGGCUGUUGCUGCACAACAAAACUUAACACAAACGGAACCUCUGCAAAAUCCAUCUCCAUUAGCUACUGCCAGUGGCUUUCCAGCCCAAAAUACAUACAAAAAUGCCAUUAAUGUUCCUUCCCAGAAUAGCGCACAAACUAGCCAAACGUUCCCUGUAAAUGGUUGCAUUCCCAACCAGGUUUGUACGUCGAGUGAUAGAAAUGUACUUGAUCAGAACAAUUAUUUGGUGUUCGAUGGUGGUCAGAUGAAUACUGGAAGCUUUACUAAUUCAAUUAAUCAGGCACAAAGCCCCAAGAACUUGAAUACUAAGGAUCAAAAUGUGGCUGGAAAAGACUCCAUAGUACAUGCAAAUUCGAACAAUCGGUGUCUUUCUAGUGGGAGCUCAUGUAAUGCAAAUGUAUCGCAAAAUGAGCAUCCUGUAAAUACUCUGCACAGUCGCGAACAAACAAAUCCAGUGGUUUCUGAGCAUCUUAAUACUGCUACCUGCCCAACAAAAACUAGUUAUGAUUACGGAUCUUAUUAUGCAGCUUUAAUAAAUGCAGAGACUCAUUCUCGAGAGGCAAUAGAAGCUGCUUUACCUCUCUGGAAAUCUGUUCCACAGUUCUCUCCUCUAAAUAAAGAUGUAGCUAAAGGACCUGAAGGCAAGCAAGCAUUUGUAGGCCUUACAGUUAAUGCCUUCAACAUCCUGGAACAGACCUUGGCCUCAAAGAACGAGACCACUUCAGUAGUGUCUCCACAGAAACCAAAAUUGCCUGCUACUCCCGCAUCAAAGUGUGUUGCUAGAGUCUCUCCAUUGGUUCAGUCCAAGGAAUUGGUCCAUAAGGAAUCUCCGCUUCCUAAACUUGUACUAAAAGAUGAAGACCUAGAAAUCCAUAGCAAUGACCGUUUAGACUUUAAUCUUAAAGAAAAUGAAUGUAUUAAAGAACUGUUGCAUGCACUGCAAUCUAUUAACGUUCCUCAGAAUAUUGAAAGCUUAAUCGCAGUGGAAAGACCUCAAUCACCAACUAGCAUUCUAACCCAGUCAAUACCAUCUAGUGCUGAAGUUCCUCAAAAGGAAGUUGAACAGAACUCUACUGAAGACAUUGCUGAUAAUGACUUGCAAAUCUCUGGAGUAUGUACUCUAGUAGAAGGGAAUUCUUAUUAUGACUCUUCUAUUGCAUUGAUAUUUGACAAUGCAAUAAAAACUGAAGCCAAUGAAACCUUUCCAGACCCUGACACUGGAGAUGACCAUGCCCUGCAACGUUCAGAGCACAUGAUAGAUUCAUCUUGUGAUCCUGAAGCCACAGACAGUAACUCACCAAACACAGAUGUUGCAAUUGAUGCACAGCCUUUAGGAAACGAGGAAGCUGGGUUUGGCUUGACGAAUGAUGAAAAUCUGCAUGGGUCAGGUGUUCCGUGCUUUCAAAUGCAAAAUGACCACAGUGAAUUGUCUGCUUCUGAUGCAUUCUGUGACCUAGAAGACAGCCCUGGAUCUGACCAAUUGUCUGAACUUUUGACUGCUUUUCCCUUUGGAAUUAAAAAUUACAUGUCUGAAAAUAAAUUUGAAGAAAAGGAGUCUAUGGAGAAUUUGGCUGACAAGCCUGUAAUUUGUAAAGUAUCUUUGCCUGUAGAAGUCCCUCAGCCUGCUUUUGACAACAAUGGGCAAAACCAGGACAUGCCGCCUACAAGUGCGAAUGUGUGCACACUGGACAAAGAAAUGGAAUUCAAAAGCUUACAUGAGCCUACAGCGGACCCGGAGCCUGUAGUUGAACAACUCCCUACACCAACCAAGAAUGAUCAGACUCUUCUAGAGGAGAUAUCUCUGCCACCUACGGAUGAUUGUUUUGAAAUAUGUGAUAGUCCUGAGAAUGAUAUUCAGAUUACUUUAUUGGAUCAGGAUGAUAUACCUAAGCUUUUCCCAGAUGAUUCUGAGCAGCUGCUUACUCCUAAAUGUGAACAAAUAGAGACGGAGAGUUGUCUGGAACCGACUUGUACAGAGGAGUCCAAAGAUCCUGUUUUGAAUGUCCAGCUUAAUCCUCUGAAGACAGAAAACACCUUUGCCAAUGAGACCACAGUUCUGCCAGAUAAGGACUUUUUUUGCUGUUUUUUAAGUUGGUCAGCCCACAUUAACGGGAAUGCACCAAAAUGCGAAUGCAAGUUGGCGGAAUCCCCUAAGGCCGAUCAGCCAUACAUUAAUUCUGGAGACUUUAAUGCCGUUGUAACUGAGUCUUCAGGAAAUCUCAAUGAAACUUCAUUAUCAAACUCAAGUAACGCUGAAGUCAAUGGAUUAAAAAGUAAAAUCCUGCCGCACAAUGACAAACUUUCCCCAGUACCGUCAAGUUCACAGCAUAGGAGUGGCUUACAGUAUCACCGUUGGAAUUCCCAGGAAGAUACUAAAUCGAAAACUGCUUCCAUUUUAAACAGAGCUCCUGAAGGAGGCCUGAAGAAAAAUAAAGAUCUGACCCAUGAGAAGAGUUUUCAGUCCAGUAAGGAGAGAGAUCAUUUUCAAAUUAAAAAACCAAAAUCUAAUUCUCUAAAGUCUGAAAAGCUCAUCGUAAAAACAGAUUUUCUAAAAAACAAGCACUCAAGGAAAGAGAAGAGAAGGCAUAAAACAAAGGAAAAGGCAAAAGAUGCACAGGGCGCUUAUGACACCAGAGGUAACAUCAAGAAAACAGUAGAAAAAAUAGAUGAACUGGAUAAAAGUAAUACGAGGGAAAUGGCCCAGGGCGUCAAAUCCAAACAGUCUUCCUAUACCACUAAACAUAUGGAUCGGAGUAUGAACAAGUCAAUGCCAUCCCUCAGCUUGGCCAGAUCUACUCCUACUGACACUGGACAUAGGCGUCACGAAAGAGUAAAAAAACGGCCAGAGAGCCAUUAUGAUAAGAUGAGGAAAGUUCAAUCUGUACCGGAAUACUUACAAAGAAAAAGGGAUCUUAUCAACAAAAGGUAUGAAACCAAACCAACACAAGAGGAGACUGAAGAGAGACGUACAUUUGACGAUAAACUUUCCUUGAGAACAAGUGGGUACAAUUCCUUGCCUAAUCUAAAGAGACCAUUGUCGCCUGUAAAAAUGAAUGUGUCUUCGAAGACCGGAAACUCUGAGUCUGAUUUCUUCAAAGUAUUCAACCGAACAUCGAAAGAUAGGCCACAAAGCAGUGGUCCAUAUGAAACCGUAAAUCGCGCUAAGGAGCAAAUGCGUUCUUCCAGCAAAGAUAAAAUCUAUUUGUCUCCUUGUACAGGCUCCAGGGGUCCUUCUUAUGAAGGGUUAAGUUUAACUAAACUGCAAAUUAGGUGCUCUCCCGACAAACGUGACUAUUAUGAAAGAAGGAAAUCUCUUGAAAGUUCGAUACAUAGGAAGUCUUCAAAGUCUGAGGUGAAGAAGACGGAGUCUCCAAAAAUGCUUGAGUUCAAAUUAUAUCCAGAGUUUGUCCACAGGAGUCUGGCUACACAAGAGAAUCCUGGGGAGCCGAAAACCUCUGAAUCAAAAAGUGUAGUGGAAGGCAUUAAAAGCAAAAAAGAGGCUUGGUGCAGCACUAUUCCAUUUAAGAAGCGAAAGUUGGAAAGCUUUGAAGAUAAAGGGGGCAGUGCUCCAUCGGUGUCUCCAAUUUCAACUCCAACCUAUAAACCAAUUCAGAGAGGUACAACACGGCCAACUCAAGACUCUCGGGCAACAUUCAACGCUUUUAAACAGAUGUAUCAUGAACAGAGAAGCAAGAGCCUUGAUGGCAGAUUGUGAAACCUAGGUUUCACAAUCUGCUGCAUUUCUCAAGACCAAAAGAGGAACACUCCCUCCUACAAAACAGAUGAGGGGGGGUGGUACUGGUGGCAGGAGCCUGGUUUGCAAAAUUCAUGGACUUCAUCAAAAUGGCAUCUCAAAUCCAGUAUUAACGCUCGAUGGACUAUGUUCUUAUGUAGAUUUGUUUUUCUCUUGACAAUAAAUAAAACUUGUAAAUAUUUCUCCCCCCAAUUGAAACAGCAUUACUGUUCGGUGUUUAUCUUGUUUGUGACCUGCUGCUAAUGUAAUUGUCUGACCUGUCCACAUUCAGAGUUUUAAAAGUGGAGUCACAAAGCCGUUCUACAUACUGUACAGACUUUUUUUUUUUUUGCAUCAUACGCAGCCGACAGUUGAACUGGGAUGCGGUCUUCGGCAGUUGUAUAUUGAAGUCUUACUACUUCCACUGUACAGAUUUGUUGUACAUUUCUUGAUACAUGUUCUAAAACAGGUUGUUUGGAAAAGUGUUUUUUUUUUUUAUUUUUUUUUUAUUUGGUUUUUCUAUAUUCAUGAUUAAAUAUUAUUUUUUCAAA